GCCUCUCCGUCCAUCAUGGACACGUUUUUCCGUCGCCACUUCAGGAGGAAGGAUGCGGCCCUGCAGGUGGACGCCGAAGCCGCCGCCUGCCGCCAGCGGAGGCCCAGCGUGGCCGUCCCCACCAGUAAGGCCCGGCGCAGGUCCAGCGUGGGCCUUCCGUCCUCGGCCUUGACGCAGCGCCGCCGCUCCACUAUCCAACAGCCGGUUCUGUCAGGCGCAGGGGGGGGCCGCCUGUCAGAGAUUCCUAAACAUGGAAGAAAGGGGCACACCCGCCGACGCUCCAGUACCACCACGCCCAGCAUGAACCCGAGGUUCGCCGUGAGCCGGAAGAAAGUAGGGAAGCUGCGGACCAUUGACGCCCACCUGCUGGGGCCGUCCAUGCUGCUGGCCAGCCUCAUCCAGAUGGCUGAGGAGGAGGAGGAGGGGGAGGAAGGGCUUCCAGCAGGUGAGCAGCAGGUGGAGGUGAGGGGCGGAGUCAGCAGCGGACGGACGCUUUCCCGCUCCAGCAGCCUCCAAUCAGACAGCAGCAGCUGCUCGAGUCGCAGCCAGUCAGAAAGCAGCCUGCUGUCUGAGGAAGAGGAGGAUGAAGCCCCCUCCCUCUCUACCUCCACCCUGGAGAUGACGAGGAAGUCCCCUGAUAUGCCGGCUCCUUCGCGGCCCUUGAUCCGGGCCCCACGUUGCCUGCGCAGGAACUCCUCUCAGGUGUUCGCCGGAGACUCCUCCCCCUUCGCCUGUUACCGCGGCGCCCACCAGGGCAAGAGGAGGAGGAUCUCCACCUUCUCCAAGGCCGGGAGCCCCUGGCCUGGCAGGGGCCAUCAGCUGCCCAACCGCAAGAGCUCCGUCUACUACCUCAACCAUCCAGCCUUCUGCAGGGGCCCCGGGCCCCUCAGCCCCUUAGGGCCCCAUGGCUACGACUCCCACUUGGAAAAUCUGAGUGCCUUCCUGCUGAAAGCCAUCGCCAAGUCGGGCCUGCCGCACAGCACGUCUCAGCCCAACGCGUCCGGACAGACGGACUCUCUGCAGCCCAGCAGCACCGUGGACUGGAGCGAGAACGCCCAGUAUGGAGAACACAUCUGGUUUGAGGCCAGUGUUUCUGGAGACUUCUGUUAUGUUGGGGAGCAGUUCUGUGUGGCCAAGUCUCUGCAAAAGUCUGUACCAAGGAAGAAAUGUGCUGGAUGUAAGAUAUCUGUGCACGUCAUGUGCAUGGAGCAGCUGGAGAAGAUUAGCUUCAGGUGCAAACCGUCUUUCAGGGAACCGGCAUGCAGAGCCGCCAGAGAGGCCAACGUGGUUCGGCAUCAUUGGGUCCAUAGGAGGCGGCAGACCGGGAAGUGUCGGCAGUGUGGGAAGGGCUUCCAGCAGAAGUUUACAUUUCACAGCAAGGAGAUUGUAGCCAUCAGCUGCUCCUGGUGCAAACAGGCGUAUCACAACAAGGUGUCGUGCUUCAUGCUGCAGCAGAUUGAGGAGUGCUGCUCUCUGGGAGCUCACGCCGCCGUCAUCAUCCCUCCUACAUGGAUCAUCAGAGUCCGCAAGCCGCAGACGUCUCUAAAAUCCAGUAAAAAGAAGAAGCGGACGUCACUAAAGAGCAACAAGUCGACCAAGAAGGGAGCAGAGUGCCAAGAUGGCCGCUGGAAGCCCUUCCUGGUUAAGCCCCUCCCCUCCCAGCUCAUGAAGCCCCUGCUGGUGUUUGUUAAUCCAAAGAGCGGCGGGAAUCAGGGUGCAAAGAUCAUCCAGUCGUUCAUGUGGUACCUGAACCCUCGGCAGGUGUUUGACCUGACCAAAGGUGGACCCAGGGAGGGGCUGGAGCUGUACUCCAAAGUUCCCAACCUGAGGAUCCUGGCCUGUGGUGGCGACGGCACCGUGGGGUGGAUCCUGUCCGUGUUGGACCAGCUGAAGCUCCGCCCCCAGCCUCCGGUCGCCAUCCUUCCUCUGGGGACGGGCAACGACCUGGCCAGGACUCUGAACUGGGGAGGGGGCUACACGGACGAACCCAUCACUAAGAUCCUGUCCCACGUUGAGGACGGGAACGUCGUCCAGCUGGAUCGAUGGAACCUGAACGUGGAGGCCAACCCGGAGGCUCAACCCGAGGAGAGAGACGAGCAGCAGACCGACAAGCUUCCGAUUGACGUCUUCAACAACUACUUCAGCCUGGGCUUCGACGCCCACGUCACACUGGGCUUCCAUGAAUCCAGAGAGGCCAACCCUGAGAAAUUCAACAGCCGCUUCAGGAAUAAGAUGUUCUAUGCCGGGACGGCCUUUUCGGACUUCCUGAGCGGCAGCUCCAAAGACCUCGCCAAACACAUCAGAGUGGUGUGUGACGGAACCGAUCUGACAGCCAAAGUCCAGGACAUGAAGCUGCAGUGCCUCCUCUUCCUCAACAUUCCCAGGUACUGUGCCGGUACCACACCAUGGGGGAACCCCAGCGACAGUCAGGACUUCGAACCUCAGCGUCACGACGACGGCUGCAUCGAGGUCAUCGGCUUCACCAUGACUUCUCUGGCGACCGUGCAGGUCGGGGGUCACGGCGAGCGUCUGCACCAGUGUAAAGAGGUCACCCUCACCACCUUCAAGUCCAUCCCCAUGCAGGUGGACGGAGAGCCUUGCAAGCUGGCUCCAUCCAUCAUCCGCAUCAACCUGCGGAACCAGGCCAACAUGGUCCAGAAGGCCAAGAGGAGGAUCUCCAUGCCGCAUCUGAAUGACCAGCAGCCAGUUCCUGAGAAGCUACAGAUCAGGGUGAACCGGAUCAGCAUGGCGGCGUACGAGGCUCUGCACUACGACAAGGACCUGCUGAAGGAGGCCUCGACGCCUCUGGGAGUCAUCGUCGUCCCCGGAGACAGCGACCUGGAGAUGUGCCGGCUGCACAUCGAGCGUAUCCAGGACAACCAGGACCAGGAAGUAGAGCAGGAUGGAGACGAGAUGAAAGGAGAGAGCCUGUCCUCCCAGAAGCUCUCCAUGAACUGGUGUUUCUUGGACUGUACCACUGCAGAUCGUUUCUACCGGAUCGACCGAGCUCAGGAGCAUCUGAACUACGUGACGGAGAUCUCCCAGGAGGAGCUCUACAUCCUGGACCCGGAGCUGGUGGAGAAGGAGACAGUCGGCACCUCCCCCAGUUUACCAGACCAGUUCUCCUUCCCCUGCUCCCCCUCCUCACCCACCUCACCCGGGGCGAGGGACGGGCAGAGGAAGAGGAUCUCCAGCGACAGUUCUGUGUCAGAGGUUCUGACCCAAACCUCGCCCAGGACCCUUCUGCAAAGAAGAGGAGCAAAGAUAAUCAGUGUCGAUCGCUCCGCUCACACCACGGCUGAUCUCAGACCAGCUGUUAGAACGUCCACUUCUACCUCACAGGACCCUGAAAAAGAUGCAGAGCUGAUCAGCUGCGUCAAAGACGAGAACCUGAACAGGCUGACGGAGCUCCACCAGCAGGGGGCAGACCUGGAGCUGCAGGACGCAGACGGCUGCACACUGCUGCAUCACGCCGUCCAGGCCGGCAGCAAAGACAUCGUCAAGUACCUCAUUGAGAACGUUCCCACCUCCCACCUGGACGUCACAGAGACGGAGACAGGAGAGACGGCCCUCCAUAGAGCCGCCACCCUCUGUCAGAGGAGCAUCUGUCACUUCCUGGUGGAGGCGGGGGCUUCGCUAAUGAAGACAGACCUGCAGGGCGACACACCCAAACACCGCGCCUCCAAGGCCAACGACCAAGAACUGGCCAACUACCUGGAGAACUGUCAACAUUACCAGAUGAUCCAGAGGGAGGACCAGGAGACGGCAGUGUGACCUGAACCCGGACGCCUUUCUCCUCCAAGUCCUGUUGGGUUUUGUGGUUCUUGUUCUCCACAGAGCUGAGUCUGUCGGAAUGUAAACGGAUAAAAUCCCCUCGGCUGUCGGCGGAGGCCGAUGGAUUAUUCUUUGUUUUGUUUGUGCUUUAACUGAGGAGAGACGAGGCGUCUUGAUGAAUCCAGUUUCUAACUGCCUGAAGAAAUCUCAGUUCUACGGCCGAACUGAGCAAAACAAAUGGCUUGAGGGCACUAAAAGAAAUUCAAACUAGUUUUUAUUUUUCAGCCUGAAGGACACAAAGAGCGACGCAGCUGCGGAUCACCAACAGUGACAGCAUUCAUGUUUCUGCAGCUUUCAUACUAAUAAAGCAAAAUGUGUCUUCUGUUUAGCUUCUAGUGACCUUUUGGAUGUUCACUGCAGACAAAUAAAUGUUUGGAUAUAUUUAAUGUAGACAGGGAUAAAUUGAAAUAUUUAUGAUCAGAUUGUAGAGAUAAACUCACUUUGCCUGUAAUCUGAGUUCUCGAUGUUUUACUCGUCUGUUACAGAGGUUUUAAAGCCAGCGGCUGCAGGGCGCUUUCGUUUUGAUGUGUGGACUGUAAAUACCCGCAAAGCUCGGUAGUUUGUCAAAGAGAAGCCGAAGCCAGAUUCUGCCAAAGCAGCCGAGCCUGUAUGAUUAUAACGCGCUUCUUUACCAAUCAGGAGAUUCAUAUCACUGUAUUAUAUUCAUGUAAGGAUUGUUUGGUUUCAUCAUUUCUGAGUGACCUGCAAUAAAGCAUGUCGACA